AUGGAAUCUCGCAGUGCGCCGCCGAGCCCCGACGAGUCUGGGGAGGCGGUGUUCGACACACGCUGCGGACGGUACACGCACCAGCCUUCCUUACAGAGAGCUUUCGCAAGUUGCCGCGAAACAGGUCGACCUCCGCCCCAUCAUCGUCAUGCUACAUCCGAGCCAGCUCGACCAGACGAUCGUGUUCUUACAACAGCCGAAGUACACGACUAUCCCUCAUCAGAGUCCGGCAUUGCAGCCGAUUGUCCACAUCCCCAUUCCAGCAAUGCGGACGACAGUCCCUGUUACGAUCGAUCAGAUUACGAAGGAAAUUCUAGUUACAGCUUAAAACAUAAUUUCCAUCACACGAUAGAUUGCAGUAAACACAGACCUGAAUUUAACCGAAGUCAUACCCCAGAGUAUAACAACGAGGAUUCGGAUUGUGAUAGAGGUCACCCUCGCUCACAGACAUCUCGCCGACCAUAUAGGAAACAAAGACGGGAAGAUGGGGAUGGAGCACAAUCACUUGAUGAAAGAUGCGCUCGUGAUCUCGAUGAAAUAUUACCCGCAAGACUUGCUGCGGUAAAUCUAUCGAGAGAUCCACCAUCACAGUCUUGGAAUCGAAGUAAUAUUGCUGCUACCAUGGAACGCUUUGAACCCGUCGAUUAUUCAUAUGCAUAUUAUGAUCAUCAUUUAUCUAUGCCUUCGUCAUCAAGAAAAGCAAAUCGGCAACGUGGACGUGCUGGUGUCCUGCGGGAUCGAACCGCUCGACAUAAUUAUGUAACAAGAUAUGGAACUGAAGAAAAUAUAUACGAAGAAAUAACCGAUGGUUCUAGAACGUGUCCAAAACACCGCUACAUGCCGCGACAAUCUUUAGUUUCCCUUGACAGAAGCGUUGUUGAGGAGGAAGUUCGACGAGUAGAGACAAGACAUAAAAGAAUUUUGGGAGAGUUAAAUCUCAGUGUAGAGGCAAUGUUAAUGCCAGAAUGUGAAUCACCUGAUUCAGAACGGGCCGAAGACCGUGAUAAUAUAGAAGAAUUAUUAAGAGUUGGUCCUACGGACGAAUUAUUAUCACCAGCUAGUUGUAAUCCUCCAGACCUAGAUAGUGGUUUUAGUGGUAGUAGUAGUGGAGCAAGCUAUGUGGGUAGCUUAAGAAGAAAACCCACAGGCUCGGUACCGCAUCUACCGGCAGUAGCUUACGGGACACGAGGUGCAGGUGUUCGAAUUUUAGGCGCAGAUGAAUGUAAUUUACGUUGUCCUAGAGAUGGCCCGUCACCCAGAAGCUCGAGCUGUGGAGAUGCGAAAUCUAGUGGUUUUUGGAAUAAAAAAGCUUGGAGGAAAAUUUCUGGAUUCUCAAGCUCUAAUAGUAUAAAUAAAGCUGGUUUAACAGAUGAAGCGUGUAGGCCAAGCAGAGCUAAAUCCAGAACCGCUACUAUCCCAUACAGCUACUCCAACGGAAAACUGGUGGUGCCAUUGGAUUCCCUAGCACAAAGCUGA